GCUACCAGCUGACCUACUUUCUCUGUUCUCAGCCACUCAGUCCUGUUUACAAGCCACUGCCAGCGGAGGAUGUGGAGUACAGUGCCUGGAAAAUAGACGGACACAGCCCACAAAGACCACGAAUGGGAAAUUUGGUCGUGUGUUGUUGAUAAAUUGGGACUGCCAAAGCCGCAGACAGCUCACCGGCGAUUAAUAACAGCACGUUAUUAACUUAGGCGUUGUUAUGCAAUUUAACGCUUUCAGAGCUCUCUCCGGGUCAGUCAGACGCUGGUGGCUGUGCUCAGCUGCUAUGCUGUAGUUUAAAGAAAAUGACUGGAUUGAUUAAAGUUAACUGUGGAUAUUUAUUUCUGCUGGAGACCCGUUUUCAAGGUUUUGGUGUUUCUUUGGUGAACUGGAGGCAGUGGUGGGCAGCUGGUCUGCGGUAGAAUUUUCCAAAAGAGCGUUCAGACAAGGUCAGCACGGAUGGGACUUAUAAGACUUCAGAAAGGGCCUGGUUGGAAAAGGGAGUGACUAUGGACAACCUUUCUGACUUCGGUGGCCCCUGUCCAUCCACCCGCCGGGAAUGGGACACAAACAGCUGCGUGGAAGAUUUAAUGGAUGAAGAUGAGAAAGACAGGGCAAAAAGGGCAUCCCGUAACAAAUCAGAAAAGAAAAGAAGAGACCAAUUCAAUGUACUCAUCAAGGAGCUAUGCACCAUGCUGCAGGGCCAAGGCCAUCCGCGCAAGAUGGACAAGUCAACCAUAUUGCAGAGAACUAUUGACUUCUUGCAGAAACAGAAAGACAUCACUGCACAGAAUGAAACCUGUGAUGUGAGACAGGACUGGAAGCCUUCAUUCCUCAGUAAUGAGGAGUUCACUCAGCUAAUGCUGGAGGCCCUAGAUGGUUUCUUGGUAGCAUUAACUACAGAUGGAAACAUCAUAUACGUAUCCGACAGUGUGUCUUCACUUACUGGCCAUUUACCGUCAGAUAUGGUGGACCAAAAUAUCUUGAAUUUCCUCCCGGAGCGGGAACACGGGGAGGUGUAUAAGCUGCUAUCAUCCCACAUGCUGAUGACUGACCCCAUUGCUGCUGACUUCCUUGACAGUGAGGCACAUAUUGAAUUUUGCUGUCAUCUUGCCAGAGGCAACAUUGACCCAAAAGAGCCACCUGUGUACGAGUACGUCAAGUUUGUUGGAGAUUUCAAGUUUCAUAACAAUGUGCCUACAUCUUCUUGUAACGGGCUUGAAUUGACGUUACCAAGAAGCCUGCAGUCAACGCUGGAGGAGCAGGUCUGCCUCAUUGCUACUGUACGAUUAGUCACUCCGCAGUUCCUCAAGGAUUUGUGUAAUGUGGAAGAUCCUUGUGAUGAAUUCACAUCCAGACACAGCCUUGAGUGGAAGUUCCUGUUUUUAGAUCACAGAGCUUCACCAAUCAUAGGGUAUUUACCCUUUGAGGUUCUUGGAACUUCUGGCUAUGAUUACUAUCAUGUGGACGACUUGGAGCUUAUAGCUCAAUGUCACAAGCAGUUAAUGCAGUUUGGAAAGGGUAAAUCCUGUUAUUAUCGCUUCCUGACCAAAGGUCAGCAGUGGAUUUGGUUGCAGACUCACUACUACAUCACGUACCACCAGUGGAACUCCAAACCUGAGUUCAUCGUCUGUACUCACACUGUUGUCAGUUAUGCGGAAGUGCGAGCUGAACGGAGGAGAGCAUUUGGCCUUGAAGAGUUGUCUCCACCUGAGAUAGCUCCCUCCUCUGUGAAGGCUCAGGAGCUGUACUUGGACAUCUGCUCCACACUGGACCCUACACGGGACAGAAACAGUGGUGCACGUUCAGUAUCCUCCCACAGCUCCCGGAAGUCCUCCCACACAGCGCUGUCAGACUCUGCAUCAGCUAACUCCUACACAGAGGCCUGCACACCAUCAUGGCAGUCUGCUUCCAUUGGGACGGAGAAGACAUCUGCCAGACUCCAGCCUAGUAGUUCAAAGAAUCUGUCACAAAGACAAAAUUCCUUUGACCUUGUUCCCCAAAUGAGUCUCCCCCUUUCUCCUACCUGCAGCAAGCACUCCGCAAUGCAGCAGCAAACACAGCAGCAGCAGCAGCAGCAGCAGCAGUCGUCAAUGUAUCAGCUGCAGCAGCCUCAGCUCGGUGUAAUGAACCAGCUGAAGGAGCAGCUGGAGGAGAGGACUCGCAUUCUGCAGGCUGACAUUAAGACACAGCAGCAGGAGCUGCACGACAUUAAGGAGAAGCUUCACCUGGCUAACCUCCAGAUGUUGUUACAGCAGCCUAUUCACAAUGACUUUGGCCAGGCCCAGCAGCAGCCUCAGCAGCAGGGCCCAGGCCGGCCAACUCAGCUGAGCCAAUCAGGGGUGAUCAGACAACUCUCAGGCCACCCCAAACCACCAGCCUGCGGGCCCCACAGUUCGUCCCCUCGCUCUCUCCUGAGAGAAAACAGCUCACCCUCAACACAGGUCCAGCAAAGGACUGCACGGGGCGGGCAGGUACAGUCAGUGAGUUUGCCCGUGCAGACGAACACAAGUGUGACAAUGCCCUUCUACAGCAACCCCAUGAUGUUCUCUCAGACCAACACGAGGCCUCUGCAGGAUGCAAACCAAAGACACACCGACAACGAGUUCAGCCAAGAUGGACAACUACGCAUGCUUCUCAACCAGCCAAUGCAGACGCUGGUUCCCACUAGCAGUGUCACCUCGCAGCCUUCUCAGUGCAACAUGGGCAUCUCCCAAACCAUAUACACCUUGGAGCAGCAGAUCAUGGCCCCCUCAUUCUCCAUGCAGCAGGUCAACUGCAAUGCUGUCCUCGUGCCCUCCCCGGUCUUCACGUCCCCCAUUAUGUUCCCACACAACAGUUUCAUCUCACAUCAGUCCCAGUCAGCCUACCACACUCAGCCUCAGGCCUCUCAGCACUCCCUGCAGCUACAGCAGCCCCAGCAGUUCUUUCAGAUGACUCAAGGACUUGUGCAUGGUGGGUCUACUCCAGCAUUCUUACACACCACUAAUGUCCCACAGCAAAGCACUGUGGGAUACAUCCAGCAGCAGCCACAAGCACAGCAAUUGCCGCAAGCACAACGGCAACAGCAACAAAGGCAAUACCAACAUUCCCAAAACCAGACUGGCAGUGUUUCAGACUUCCAAAAUAUGCUGACUCGGUAGCGCUGUGGGUUUUUCUUAGAGCGCUGAUAUUUCCCUGUGUUGUCGCCGUGUAGGCGGCAGCACGCUGUGGCAAGUCAAACUUGAUGUCAAGUUCUGCAGUGGAGGUGGAAAAUUUCUCGUAGUGACCUUACCUUAGAUGUGAAGCUGCCUGUUCAGAAGAAGCCGGUCCAUACGUCACUGGAGUGAAAACCACAAGCAGAGGCCGCACUGAUCUGACGUUACGCGGAGGAUCUGAGUAGAGUCUGAGGUGCUGGGCCCUUCAUCACCGGCCCACACCACACUCAGUCGUCCAUCAGUGACACUGCUGUAACAAGUGGAUUAUCAGAGCUCUCAAGAAGACACCACUCCCACAUGUUUACAUGUGGACGUUUUCAUCUAACACAGAGAGUUUCCUUCUAAGUGUCUGUUUGCACUUUGGUACUACCCUCCUACCCAAAAGUAGAAUCUUUAUUUUUUCCCACGAAUUAAUAUUCUGUUUUCCUCACUAAUAGUGGCUUAACAGUGAGAUUAGUCCUCAGACCCCUCCCAAGUGACAAUAUAUGAUAAUGAUAAUAUGAUAAUAUCAUCACCCUGUUCAGAUUUUUAGCUUUGUCUCAUAAAGGGAUGUGUGGACAUAGGAACUCUACAUCAAUGUGUAUUUCAGUUGGCAGGCAUCAGAUGUCACUCCACUGCCAUUUUGUCCCCAAAAAAAUGAUUUACUUGCAGGUAUGUUCAUGGCAAGUCACCAACAAGAGGUUUUAUUGGUGGUGGUGAGAUGACUAUCAUAUCUAAAAUCAGGUCUGGUAAGAAUUCAGAUUUCACAUGUGACACACACGGAAACUGGGGGGAAUAUUCUCCAAUUACUAGCAAGGUCUAUCUAGAUUUUUAAAGCCUCAAUCUGGGACUGAGGAAGGGGUGCUACAACUAUCACACCACUUCUCACUGAGAAUGACAAACAAAGCUCUGAUGAGCUCUACAGUAAGAGUCUUUGGAUGAUAAACAAGCUAGCAAAGGGGGUAAAAAUGUGUGCCUUUAACCAUGGUACAUCCAUGGUGCGGUUUGAUGGUUUUGUCUGAUUAUGGCUUUAAAAAUCCAGCUCAGGUCCAUUUGGAAUACAAAGUUAUAUUUUCAUAGGUCAUAAUUUAUUAUUUUCCGCAUCAGAUUUAAAGAAAAGACACCUAGAUUUGUAUUGGAUUUAUUACAAAUAUAUUACAUAUAAUAGAUUGGAUGCUUUUUGCAACCUUAACAUCAGUAAGUCCAAACUCUUUUUGAAAACUUUCUGUAAUGAUAGUAUUUGAUAAGAUUCAUUUAAAUAUUUACUGAAUCCCUACUGAAAUUAUUUCAUGUUUAUUUAUACUCCAUAUGUGAUACGAAAGUCGGUUUAUACACAAAAAUUAUAAUUGAUUUCAUGUUUCAUUCAGACAUUAAAAGGUCAACACUGGUCUUAAUGUCUUACCCCAUCAUGGUUUAAUGCAAGAUGAUGUUUUUACAAGGAGAGUGCACCACCUCUGAUCUGUAUGUGGCUCAUUGUAGUUUGCUGCAGGAGUAGUGCCUGGGGAUUUUAAUAUCUCAGAAAAAGUGAGAUACGAUUUGGACGAGAGUCCGCCUGCUGUGUGGAUAUUUCUGACCAGUGUUACCCUGUUUAUUAAAGUCUGCUCAUUUUUUUGUUUUGUGUGGAACAUCUGGGAAGUCACAAAACCUAUGCUCCAACCAUGAGCAGCUGGGCUAAAUAAUACAUUGCUUCCUACUAUGAAUGUGAUCUUAUUGGAAAAAAAUUAUGCUAGCAGAUAUUUAAUUUACUUUGAAAACAUAGUAACUUUCAAUAUGCUAUUCUGUGAAAUAUCAUACAGCUGCAAUGAUAACAAAAACUCUAAAUUAUUAUUUUUAACUGUCAAACUUUGUGUAUUCAUAUAUCUGAAAUUUGCUCAAGUGAUCUGCGGAGUCAGUCCUGUCAUUAUAAGAUGUUACAAUCUUGUUCUUUGUGUGAAAAACUUUUUUAGUCCAUCAUAUUUUUUGUGACUGGUGAAGGAAAUCUUGCUGCGAUAUCUCCAACUGCUAAUCAGCUAUCUCAAACAGCCAGUGUGACUAAGAUAUGAGAGAACUGAGAUGACAGUUGUAACAGAAGGAGGUCUGGAGCGUAUUAGUGAAGCCAGAUUGGCAGUUUAACGAUGUCCAGGAGGAAAACAUACAUGUUUUGGUAACGACAAUCACACACGAAAGUAUACUGUGCAGGAACAGUCUGUGUCAGUCUGACUUCAUUUAAAUUCAGCAGUCUUCUAUCUUUAAAAUGCUGUGUUACACAGUUGUUCCCAGAUAGCUCAGCAGGAAAACCACAGUUUUCUUGUGACUGUGUGAAGCGUUUACUGGUAUUCUCACUGUGGAACUUGUGCUAUACUUUAUCCAAAUCAGCCCGUAAUGCUCAAUUUGACAGUCUGAUCUCAGCCACCUCAGCUGUACACAUUCAAGUUAACUAUGUUACGGUCCCAUUCAAGACUGGUGCUGUUCAUAUUGGACAACAGGACUCCACUGUCAGAACACUUUCAGCAUGUAUGUUCAGUGCCGUUUUACACUUUCCUAUGUGCAAUGUCAAUCUGAAAAAGAAGAAUGUUAAUUUAUACUGUUUCAGAACAGCUGUACAAUGUAUAUAGAGGUGUAUAAUAAGCCAUUGUACCAUGUAAAUUAUAUGGAAGUAUUUUUUUAAUGAAAACGUCCUAACAUUCCUUUAGAAGAUGAUAUAAGCAGUAUCUUUUUUUAAAGGAAAAGCAUGUGUCCACUGAAGACUAUGGUCACAAUGAUUACACAGGACUUUGUCUGCAUGGGAAUGUGCUGCAGUGUUAGCUUCUCCCAAACAUGAGAUGACAACACGAUUACAGGACACAGAAACUCUGGAGUAAAGGGUCACAUUCACCACGACUAUAAAAAAAAAAAAUUAUUAUGAAGAAUCUGAAUCCAUAUGUUCCUGUCAAGCAGGAUUUCACAUACUUUUAGAGUUCACAUUAUGGUGCAGCAACAGCUGUCCAGCUGUGUGGCCACUGCUAGUGAUAAUAACAGCUGAGUCAAGGUAAUUCAGCCAAAACUGACUGAAGUAAUUUUCCUUUUUUUUACCUGAAUGGGUUUCAGAUUUUUUUUAAGAAAAAAAAAAAAAGUGCAAUUGUAGAACAUCAUGAAAAUAUUAUUUUAGAUGGUUGAAGGAAGCCUUGGGCACCCUUUAUGCAUCUCCACACUUCCAUAUGUUCAGUGUAGAAACAAUGAAGUUACAUAAAAGACUCAGAGGUGCCAUAGACAACUGUAUAUCUAUUUUCCUCCAUUAAUUAUUUCAACUACUGACAAAAAAAUCUGUAGAUAUUGUUGGGGAAUCCAUGUUGCAGAAUAUCAACCUUUCAGGCAGUGCUAGUAAAAUUCCUCCAUAAGGUUGUUUUUCCAUCUAAACACAUCUUUCAGAUUUCAGUCUAUGUCUGUAUACAAAAUAACUGUUAUCAUAUUACUUGCCUUGCAAAGGUGGUUGAGGGAAAUUCUGCUCAUUAAACUCCACUGUGAGUGAAUCAUGUGAUAUGUGCUCCAAUUGUUGGUUAAGCCCUAAAUUAUUUUUGCUUUGGACAAAUCACCCAUUCUCCACCACAAUGUUUGGAUGUGAGAUGAUUUUUAGAACUUUCUUUUUUAAGUGUGUAUUGCUUCACAGAAGUCAUUGUAAAUAAUCCAUCUGCUCAGUCAGUACAGUUUUUCUUUGUAUUGGAGUUAAAUGCUCUCCCCAAUGGUAGUUGCUGCACUUUUUUUCUUCAACUUUCAGAAUGCUUUUCUCCUUCAUGGGGUUUUUCAUUCAGUGUCAAUGUCUUUGAAGGCAUGUGAUUUCAAUCACAUUUAACUUGUACUACCUUUUCUGAUUUAUAAAACAAUGACUGGCACCACAGGUGUGAGGUGUGGUCAGAUCAAUGCUUUCUGUGUAAGAUUUGCCAGGACAUGAACAAAACUAACCUGGUACACAGCCAUUUCUGUUGUUUCAGUGCAGAAACAAACAUUGAAUAUAUUGUAUAAUAGAAUGUAAAAAAAAAAAAAAAGAAGUUUAGACUAUAUAGUUGUUUAUUUUAUAUGUCUAAUAGAUACAUAUGUAUGUUACAUGAUUUUAAAAUUAAAAUAAUUUUGUAAGAGAUAA